UCGCGCGAUGUCUUCAAGGCUAUUAGUUGUCUUAUGGUCGCUAAACUCGAAGAACCCGGUUGGUCGCGAUGUUGAUAACGAACAGGACUUUGAGAAAGCAAACAAGGGACCAAGGGUGCGCGGUCACAUCCCAGACCGCGUUGUUUACUUGAAAUCCCCUUCGGGACUAGAGUAG